UUCCAUCCGAGAGUGAUGAGUUCAGCUCCUUCCUCUACUGGCGAGCCCCCCUGCCCAGCAUCGAGGAUGAGCUGCAGGAGCUGCUGAAAGCUCAAGUCACCUCCGUUAGCGCAGAGACCUCGGAGGAGCACCGGAGCUCUGAGGAUGCAGCCAGCGCUGAGGAAGAGGAGGAUGAGGAGAGCGACGAUGAGGGUUGGAUAACGCCCAGCAACCUCAAGCAGGUCCAGCAGGACACGGGGCACUGCGACACUGCUCCCGUUGGCAUCCAGGUCGGCUGCGUCACCACUGACUUUGCCAUGCAGAAUGUGCUGCUGCAAAUGGGUCUCCACGUGCUGGCAGUGACCGGGAUGCUGAUCCGCCAGGCCAGGAGCUCCAUCCUCCGCUGCCAUGGCUGCUUCAAGACCACUUCAGACAUGACCAAGGUGUUCUGUCCCCACUGCGGUAACAAGACGCUGAAGAAAGUCGCAGUGAGUGUCAGCGACGACGGGAGCCUCCACAUGCAUUUCUCCCGCAACCCCAAGGUGCUGAACCCCCGCGGGCUCCGGUACCCACUGCCAGCCCCGAAAGGAGGGAAGCACGCGAACAACCCUCACUUGGUUUUAAGGGAAAAAAAAAAACAAAAAAAAAAAAACAAAAAACCAAGAAAAUCACUUCAAAUCUGCAACGAGCUCAAUAUGCUACAAAGAUGCAACAGCUCAGCAUGA